UCUAUCAGCAGUCAUAUUUUUUGGAUACAAAAUACAUUUUAUCAUUGGCUUUGCAGUUGAUAAAGAUGGACAUCUGCUCCAGCUUUAAUUUCUCAGAUUUCUGUACUUCCUUUGCCCAUGCCCCGGCGAAGUCCUUCAGGCCGCACCUCAACAUUUCCUUUGCUGGGAUUGAAUUUGCGCAGAAUCACACGAACAUGCUGCAGGGUCUGCCAUGUGCCACGGAUGUCCCAACAAUAAUAGGCAAUGGAAUUGAGUUGGACAAGACUCUGCUGAAAUCUGCAACCAAUCUGCAGGGUCGUAGUCUUGGAAUCAUCGAUGCGACCAUUGAAAAUCCGUACAUACUGCCGGAUGAGGAGGAGUUGUGGAUUCGAAGAAAAGAGGAAAAAGUGCCAGAAGAAGAAAUAGUACCAGAAGAGGAAACAAAAGAGAAACAAGUUCCAGAAGAGAAACAAGUCCCAGAAAUUAGCCACGGAAGAAUCUGUAGAGGACUCCUUGGAGCCAGAUUGGAAACCUCCUGCUCGCCAUUCGCUGCGUCUCUCAACAGUAAAAUCUCCUUUUCCUCCAGAGUUUCCACAUUGAUGAGGGAGUUUUCACAUGAGACUCCGUUGAGCAGAAACUCAGCCAAAAACCAGUGCGCUACUCUGCAUAUUUGCUUGGCAAAGUUACUCCCACGAAACCUAUCGAGACUUCUGCUGUGCAUUACGUAUCCAAGAGACACUCAGGCCACAGGUAGCCGACUUUAUCAAAAGCCUCUCGUUCAGCUUGUGCUGUACAAAAAUAUGUUUGGAUGGCAGACAUAUCAUAUUCUCCUCUGUGACAAGCUGACCAGCGAACUGAUUCUCCAGAUGCGACUGGGUGGACAAUCGAAGAGCAGCAAAAGCAGCCAUUGGAUAAAUUUAAAUUGUGCAGACACACCGCAGGGCACGAGAGUUUUUAGUUGGUUUGAAUUUGUCAGUUGUCUUUUAGUGGAGUUUCGUUGAGUCUUCACCAGCCACACGCCUAAUCCUAAAUUUAAUCAAUUUCUGAGAUAUUGCAAGCUGUGAAUAAAUUGUUGUUAUUACUGGAAGAGAUAUUUCCUCUUGCAUUUCAUACUGAUUAUAAAGAUUAUCAUUCCCCGUGGCUGUUGGCGACCGAAUGGCAUUUGGCGUUGCUACAACAAUUUCAGCAUCGAUCCAACAAGCCACCCGGCGGCGGCGGCGUCCUGCACAAAUACUCGUAUUAGGCGUUGAGUUUCGAGCGCCAGCAGAGGCAUGGAAUCCGACAAGUUGAACGAGCUUAACCGUCAAAUUAAUGAGAUCAAAAAGAGGAUUUUGCUGGCAGAGGGUCAGAAGACGGCCAAUGCGGCCGAGUGGCAGAAGCAGAAUCGCAUCAACUGCGACACCAUCGGCACCCUGAAGAAGGAGCUCAAGGAGCUGACGGUGAAGGCCAGUCGACUGCGAAAUCCACUCCAGCGUCCCGUGGUCAUCAAGGAGUCCAGCAGCGAGCCGAGACGGGCCCAGAGCUGCACACCCACACUGAUUGUGGGCAAGGCCACGUAUCCCGUGGGGGCCAGAAACGCCGACGAUGCCCUCUUCCUCACCGACCUAAAGAUCACCGAGAACCGCAAGCAGAUGGACCUCCUACGGCAUCGCUUCAAGUCCCGCCAGCAACACUUCAGCAAGCUGGUGGAGAAGUAUCGCGAGCUGCUGGCCAACAAGGAGGCCCAGAACCAGAACUUGGGCGAGAAGCCGCCCGAAACACUCGAGGAGGAUGCCAAUCGCAAGCUCGUGUGCCAGCUGGAGAACGAGAUACAUCGCACCAAUGUGCAGUGGAUGGAGGCGGAGCACAUCCGCAAGAAGUACCGCUCCAUAGAGGCCUCCCUGAUGAACGAUGCGGAGCGUUUCGAGCGCAGUCUGCGCGAGCUGGAAGCCUCGCUGAGCGACCAGAAGGCGGAGAUCGAGCGUCUCCAGCAGGUGCACAACGAGGCCAUCGAGAUGCGAGAUGCCGCCAAGGUGGUUCUGACGCGGCAGGAGCAGCAGGCCAAUCUCUCCCAGAAGACGCGCGAGCGCCAGGCACUCGACUUCCGCAAGCAGGUGGAAGCGCGCAAGCUGGAGCUGGAGAGGAUCGGUCGCAAGUUGUUUGCCGAAACCAAGACCCUGGUGCACCAGGACAGCGUGGGCUCCACGUCCGGCGACCCACUUGCGGUCAAGGCCGAAAACGGUGAGGAGGAGCCCGCCUCGCAGCUGGAGAGUGUGACCAGCGACAUGGAGUCGCUGUUCAAGCAGCUCAUGGAGGCCUCUGGUGCCACAUCGCCCCUGGAGGUCUUCGAGCGGUUCAGUGCCCAGAAGGAGUCCGCCGCCCGCCUGAAUUACCUGCGCAAGGCGGCCGAGGCGGAGAAGGCCAACCUGGAGGCGGAACGGGAGGCACUCAGCAGCGAGCUGGAAGCCUCCAAGUUCUCGGACGUCAAGGAGAGCGAAGUAAACCAGGAGAUCAUCGAACAGAUCAAGAUUAGUAUUGCCGCCAAGGAGCAGGACCGUAAGCUGGACACCGAUGCGGCCGACAAGUCCAUGGGCGUGCUGAAGUACCUCAAGGAGCGCAUUUGCGAGAUGAUCUUCAAGGUGCAGGAGGUGGACGAGAGCAACAUCGAGCUGCCCAGCCGCAAGCUCCACGUGAGCGUCGCCGAACUGCCAAACUUUCUCACCCACACCGCCCAGGACGAGGAAUUGAUUGAGAUACUCAAACUGAAAAUCAAACGCUGCCAGGAGCUGAGCAAGGCGGAGGAUGUUCCGCCCCUCGAGAUGCCCAAGCUGGAGCUCGCUGAGCAGGACGAGGAGGAGGAGCUGUACCCGACUGAACCACCAAAGUCCCCCUCAGCGCCCGAAGGCGAAAAGCCCCAGCCGAUGCCUCUGUGCUAUUACAAUCUGUUUGCCGGGCGCGCCCAACGAGCCGCCGGCACAUCCUCAUCCUCGCCAGAGCAGGCACCCGCUGCGGUUGCCACCACAGAUGACGACACCGAGGUGCCCUCGCGGAACUUUCUCAAGCGCCAGUCCGUGCUCAUCGUGGACUCAAAGUCCCGCCGGAAACCCUUCCGACCCACGCCAGGCGGCAGGCGCAAGUAAUUUAAGUUUAAGAUUUAG